ACUAGCCGCAGAUUCAAAAUGCACAGAGUUCCCUUCGAAAACCUGGGGAAGCGGAAACCCUAAAUAAGGCUGCGCAAUCGCAACCCCAAUCCCAAAUCCUUGGUUUUGUUCAUCAAGCAAGCUUGGGUGAGAGUUCAAUGUAUUUGCAGUGCCAAAAGUUUUUGACUGGAGUUGAGAAAUCAGUUUGUCAGGUAAAAAGUAAGAUUGAAUGUCCGACGCCGGAGAAGCUAAGCGACCAUUUGCCCACCAAUUUACAGCAGGAACUGCCGGACAAUUACAGGAUUGCAGCUGAUUUCCUGGAUCAUAUGAAUUGUUCGUUAAGAUUGCUUCGGCUGCGUAAAAGGUCUACUACGUUUCAGAAUGUAUCUCGUCAGGUCGAAAUUCUGGCCAAAAGAAAGUUCUCAUACAGGCAUCUUGCUCAGAUCAAAUUUAUACUUCCUGAAGCCAUAAAGAUAAAUUGGGUUUUGUCUGACAUGGAAACUCAAAUCAUGAAGCCGGAUUGAAACAUCACCUUGCUAUUUGAUAUUGUAAAAGGCCACCGUGAGAUAUCUGAGUUUACAGCUUUGCGUCAAGUUUUUGCUUCUAGGCUUAUGAGUUUCUUUGCAAUGCAUCCGGAGGCAUCUGAUGUUCCAGAGACCAUAUUUCCAGAGCCUUUUAGCAAAAGAAGUCAGAUACCUGUCCUGACAUUUUCCACAGAUUCUUCCACACAGCCUAAACCAAUGUCAGUUGAAACUGAGCCGUUGUCAGAAUUUUUUUGUUUAUAUCCAUAUAUCAGUAGGCAUUUUUCGCGGGAUGAUAUUGUAUCUGAGACAGAAAUGACCCAAGACUUAUCUUCUCCACUACCUUUGCUAUCUGCUGAUGGUAUGAAUAACCAAGGUAGAAAAAGUGGGCUGCAGAAAGAGUUUCUUAAUCUAUCUCAAGACAUCAAUAUUUGUCAGCGGAAAGAGAUAUGCUCCAAAAGUCCGUCCAUUAUUAUUGAUCACUCAAUACAUAUGAAUCACCCUCAGCCUUCUAUUGGUUCUCACAUACCUGAUAGCCCCGUGGUGAAGCCCACCUCAUCUGUCAAUAGUUUGAUGAUAGAAACACCUCAACCAUCAACACCAAGGAGAUCGAUGCCCAGUUGUGAUGCCAAGCAUGAGAUCUCGAACACCCAAAACUCAACAUCUUGUUAUAAGCCUGCAAAAAGAGUUUUAGACUUCUCAGACCUAGAAGGUGAUAAAAGUGCACUUGACAUCAGUGCAGAUGAGUCAGCAUGCUACAAUCUUGUACGGCAAGGCAUCCCUAAAGCUGCAGGAAAAACUAUCGAAGAUAGACACCUCAAUUUUUCUCCAGCAUUGCAAGAGGUAGAACAGGUCCUUGGUUGCUCUAAUGAGGAUUGCAAGCAGAUUCAAACAAGCUCAUCAAUGCGCCUGCGGAUGUCUACUCGCCUACCUGACUUGGUUACUCUAAUUUAUGGUGUUUUGAAGUCUUUUAACUGGUCUCCUAUCACCAAAGAGGAGCUUGUGCGCAAGAUAAUGAUGAAUAGUCUUGAUAUUAUUGAAAGAAAAGAAGUUGAAGAACAGUUUGGGCUUCUUGAGAAGCAUGUUCCAGAUUGGAUCCAGAGAAAGAUGCUUUCUAGUGGGGAUAUCAUGUACAGUGUGGAGAAAGUGCCAAAUUUGGACUCAGUUCUAUCAAAGUUUAAGGAUCAGAUAGUUUCAGACGAAAAGGUGGAAGCAUCUGAUUCCACUCACCAGUAGGAUGAAGCCGGUAUGACUAUUGCUGGCCGGUAUGGUAGUCUGCGUUGGAAAGGGAACUGUGAAGAGUCUUUUUGUAUCAAGUUGCUUUGCUUCUUCAGUCUAGUGAUGGAGUGUGAUUUAUAUUUCCAAUUAGACCACAAGGAUUCAUUUGGUUUGUUGUAAUGUAGAUAUAAAAAUAUAUGACAU